AUGUCGAAAUGCGCCCAUCUGGACCAGAUGCGUCAGGGGUCCAACCUUGCCGUAGACCUGAUCCAGUGCAAGAGCUGCGGGGAGAUCCUGUUCAAGCACCACUUCGCGAAGACGAGCGACCAGAUGCUACUCCAGUGUGUUCGCUCCCGGCAGUAUAUCCACCGCCUGGAGACCACGGGUACGGCCCAGCCCGUGGCGCCCAGGAUGAACCAGUCGAGCUCCUCGGACAGCGAGGCCACGGCGACGACAACGGCGCCAACGUCAAUGCCUCCACCGAGCCCUCCAGGGGCCACCAAGAAGUUGCCCGAGCGCCUGUCGGCCGAGGUCAUUCGGAAGCUCACGGACACGGAGGUGCAGCAGAUCAUCGAGAGCGAGAGGAUCAAGAUCCGCCAGGAGGAGCAGCAGCGCCUCGCGAAGGAGAUCCUCCAGAAGGGCCUCAUCGACACGCCGACGGACCCGACGGAGGUGGACGACAGGGCCAGGCCGAGCAAGAGGCUGGGCGUCAGCCAGAUGCCCAAGGCCAGCCGGAGACCUUCAUCUUGUGUGAAGAGCUGUGUAUUCGGAGCGCUGAUCGCGGCGACGGCGGCUCUGGGAGAGAUACCGGGCACCGCCUGGGAGGCAGCCGAGACCUAUGGCAGGCUGGACCUCGCAGAAGUGGCCUGUGUGUCCGACUCCAGGCUCACGCACGCGAUGAUCGGGCAAGGAGGCAAGGCCGAGAGAUUCAGCGACUGGAACGGGUAUGACUUCUCCACCAGGUCGGGUGCAGAGAAGCUCGUGAAGGCUUUGCGGGUCAAGAGGCCUCGAAGAGUUUGGUUUUCCCCACCGUGCGGAGCAGAGUGCCCAUGGCAGAAUCUGAACCCCGUAACGGCGGAGUCGGAGAAGAAGCUGAUCAAGACCAGACGUAUCCAGCGGAACGUCAAAUGGGCUAUCGGUCAGCUUCUGAACGAGGGUUUCUGCGACAUAUACCUCGAGCAGUCGGGACGCUGCAGGUCGUGGACAGGCAACUUCAAGGAGCUCAAGGAGUCCAUGCAUGGCUGCAGGAUUCACGGGUGCAUGCAUGAUAUGAGAGACGAGCAGAGCGGUCUCCUCAUACGCAAGGACUGGCACAUCGCGACCACUGACCCGCAGUUUGAGAAGAAGGUUGGGAGGACCUGCCCUGACUUGCAUCUGCAGAUGCCGCUGGAAGGCGGCACGAGGGUGGCACUGUCAGCGAAUUAUCCCGUGAACCUGUGCCGGAGGAUUGCCCAGCACUUCAUGACCAGGGCCACCUCGGACGAGGCCCUCGCCUAUCUGGUGCAGGCCCACAACGAGUUGGACGACGAGCUGUGUGCAGCGGGCUACAGGCGCUUGCGGGAGAAGCGCCCACAGCUCCCGAGAGUCAAGGAGAAAGCGCAGGCGGUCAAGUACCAGCUCCUGAUCCGGACGAAGCUGGAGAUGCUCAAGUCCCUCCAGAAGGAGAGGAGUGUCCAGACAUGUACCAAGGCAGAGUUGCGCGAGCUGGAGGCCAUCAUCGCACACAUCCAUCGGAAUUUCGGACACUGCAGUAUGAGCACGGUCAGCGCCGCCCUCAAGUCUCGCAAGGCGGACCAGAAGAUCAUCGACCUUUGCAGACACUACGAGUGUCCGUCCUGUAAGGCAGCUCAAAGGUUUCAGAUGCGACCUAUUGCCAGCUCAGAACCAACGUUACCCGCUCCUGGUACCGAGAUGGGUUGCGACAAUUUCUAUUGGACACAUCCUCGACGAGCCUACCAAAUUCGUGGGACCCUCUGUGCAGACUAUGACAACCGCUUUACCCAGACGCCGAUUCCCUGUCAGAAGGGGGUCGAGGAGCAUUGCGGCAACACCACCGCGAAGGAGAUGAAGGAGGUAGUGCUGAAGGACUGGAUCCACCACUACGGCAAGCCGGAGGUUUUCAGGACAGAUCCCGAGGGUUGCUUCAAGCAGGUCGAGCAGCGCGCCUGGGUCUCGGGUAACGGCAUGGAGUGGAGACCGGAACCCGGAGAAGCUCACUGGCGAAUGGGAGUGAUCGAAAGGUGCAUCGAGACUGUCAAGGAAAUCGCCACUCGCCUCGCCUGGGAGCUACCAGACGACACAGAUCCCGCGGACAUCUUUCGCUGGGCUUGCGUGGCCAACAACGACCUGAUGCGACACCAAGGCUACAGCCCGAUGAUGCUCAUGAUGGGUCGCACCCCGUCGGGGCAAGGCCUGGAGCAAGUGGAGAAUCCUUCGGUCCUGAGCGCAAAUGUGGUGGACAAACACUUCCAGGAGGUCACGCGCAUCAAGGCGGCUGCCUACAAGGCGUGCGUGGACCACUACCUGUCGGAGAAGACGAAGCGUGCCCUGCUGGCCAAGACGAGGCCGUUCAAGACAUGGGAGCCUGGUGAGAAGGCACACUACUGGCGAGGUGCGAAGAUUAACAGUCACAAGACUCGACCAGGUAUCGCUGGUCGAUUUCACGGUCCCGCCACUGUCUUGAUGCAGGAGCGCGAGAUGAAGAACGGAGUUGCGGUGCGUCGAGGAGGUGUCUGGCCUGUUGACGGUGACCGUCUCGUACGAGCAGCGGCCGCUCAUCUCCGCACGACUACGAAAGCGGAGCGGACCCUGGAGAGCAUCUCCGCAGGGAGCUCCGACCACUUCAAGAAGAUUCUUCAGGAGUUGACGAAGGGUGCUUACGACGAUGUGGUGGAUCAGCCUGGUCCGGGAGAAUGGGACGAUAUUCCAGAAGGGGCCGCGCCUGAGGUCUCACCGCCUCCUAUGCCCGCGCAGAAUCCAGCUGAACCGGCACCGACGUCGACCAGAGACCAGUUCGACGAGAGCGAGCCACCACCAGAAGGUUACAACAAGCGGGAAGCCAGUAAGGAACCUUCUGAAGAUCCAGAUCCCAAGAGACAUCGCGCCGACUCUGCUGGGUACGUGGGCCAUCUGUGCCAGAAGGCGUCGACGCUUGUCAUGCCCGAGCUCGGUCGUGCCGAGCCCGAAUCUGAGGGCAGUGCGAAUUGGGUCUCACCCUGGGAGUAUGAUCAGAAGACGAAGGCUUCCGACCUGGUGGGCUUCGCGGGCGAGGACGAGCCGAACCUCGCGAUCAUGAUCGGCUUCGCGCUGGAGGAGUCGGAUAUGGAUCAACUCAGCCGGAGGCCUGACAAGGCCCUCGCUGCGAUGGUCAAGCAGAACAAGGUCGAGGUGAAGCUCAAGAACCUUACGGCAGAGGACCGUGAGAAGCUCCCGAUCGCGAAGGGUAACGAGAUCAAAUCUUUCCUCAAGUAUCGAGUCUGCGAGGCAGCCAGUCGUGCAGGAGUACACCCUGGAGCCCUGAUGAAGAUGAGAUGGGUCAUGACAAGGAAAGAGACGGGCGACCUUAAGGCUUUCCUGGGCGUCUCCGCCUCGAUGGGUCUGGCCGUAGCCCACGUGGACGACCUCAUGAUUGCGAUUGACCAGCACUCGGACCUUGCAGUGGACGCCCUCCAGCAGCUCCAUCGAGCCUAUGAGUGGGGAAGCUGGGAGACUCAAGAUUUUGUUCAGUGCGGGACGUGGAUUCGACAAGAAUAUGAUGGACGCACGAAGUCAUGGGGCCGUAUCCAUCUUAACAUGAAUGACUACGCCCAGGAGCUCGUGGAGAUAGAUAUUCCCGCACAUCGACAUCGUGAUCCCGAGCAGCCGGUGACAUCGUCAGAAGCUACCCGUCUACGAGCCGCCUUCGGUCAGCUCAUGUGGUUAGCUACGCAGGGCGUGCCCCUCAUCGGGGCAGAGCUGUCACGGCUGCUGGCUUACAGUGAUUUCGCCACGGUGAAUACUCUCCUGCAGGCCAACAAGCUCAUCAGGCGCACCAAGUUCGAGGCGACCGAAGAGCUCAUCAUGGAGAAGCGCGCGAAUCCGUGUGCGGUCGGCUAUUCGGACGCAGCCUGGAAUGUUCGACGUGAUGGUUCUUCACAGGGUGGUUUCUUGAUCUUUCUGACCGACUAUACCUUGAUGCAGAACCGAGAGGCGCCGAUCUCUCUGCUGGCUUGGGCAUCGGCGAAGUUGCCGAGAGUGUGUCGGAGCUCGAGCGCGGCCGAGGUACAAGCCGCCAGUGAGUUUUGUAGGCUGCUGCUGAGCGAGAUCCUGCUGGGACCCGCGCCUCUCAAGCAGUGGACUUCAAGCUGUGCGAAGAUUCCUGGCGCUUUGGUCCCGGACUGCCGCGGCGUGUUCGAUGCUCUGGAUCGGUCCGAGAGCAGCGCCCUCGGCAUGAAAGACAAGAGGAGCGCGCUGGAGGCCCAGGCCCUCAAGCGCGGCAUGGCCGCCACAUCCACAUCCCUGAGGUGGUGUCACAGUGGUGCGCAGCUGAGCGAUUGUAUGACCAAGAACUCGGAGAAGGCUCGCGCCAGCUACAACCUUUGGCAGCAGCGAGGCACCUGGAAGUUGAUAUACGACGCUAAUUUUAUUUCCGAGAAGCAGAGAAGACAGCGAGGACUGCAGACACUAGACCAGGCCACAUAUUUCGCAGUUGAUGACGACGAUGCCUGGCAGUUGUACACGGAGGAUUUGGAGAUCAAGGAGGAGGCAGAUAUUCCCCAAGACUUUCGUCUUUCGGAAGCGGUGAGCGUGAUGAGACAUGAUGCUACCUCCGUGCAGUAG